UCUUUUUAAAAAAUAAACCAGUCCGGUCGGACGAAAACCGGCUGACUAAUAACUUUAUAAAAGAAAUAUUUGCUUCUUAGUUAAACAAAUAAGUGUGCAAUUUUAAAAACAUGGCCACCACUAUAUUUAUCAUAAUGAUUAUAGUAAUCCUGCUUUUGGUGAAAAUUAUCCGGGACAAAAAAUAUCUUCCAGGACCUUGGAAUUUACCAGUGAUUGGUUACUUACAUAAACUGGAUCCAACAGCACCUUACUUGACUCUAACCGAACUUGCCCAAAAAUAUGGACCGAUUUACAACAUCAAACUUGGCAUGCUUAAUGUAGCAGUCUUAGCUGACGCUAGAAUAUUAAAAAAGGUGUUGGCAAAAGACGAAACACUUGAAAGAUCGCCUCUCUUUUUGAUUGAUACUGCAUUUGAAGGCAGAGGUCUUGCACAUGCUAAUAUUGAUCUAUGGAAAGACCAACGUAAGUUUGCGGCAAAUUUUUUGAGAACAGUAGGAGCCGCUAGAGUUUCUCCUAACAGGAAAACUUGUGAAUCAUUGAUAAAAAAACAUGUUGACGAAUUUGUACAAAUUGUAAAAAAUCAAGCUCUUGGUAAACCACUGGAUCCUUCAGAACUUAUCAUCCAUUUGAUAAGCAGCACCGGUAGCAGUUUAUUUUUGGGCCAACCAUUUUCUUUGAAUGACAAAAAAGUUUCUGAUUUAGCACGAAAUAUUCACGUAUUCAUUAAAUUAUUAAUGAUUGGAACUCCAUUGAACUUCCUGCCAUUCCUACGUUUUUUGCCUCCAUACAAGAAAAAAUUAGCGUUGCUAAAACAAGCCGUUCGCACAGGUCGUGACAUUCAAGGAAAACUGAUACAUGAAUGUGAAAAAUCGACGAAUUCUCGGCCAAAUCUCCUUAAGGCCUUUCAGUUACAUAUAUCCGAAAGCAAAUCCGACCAAGUUUACACUCUUGAUCAACUACAUCGCCUUUUCUUUGACCUUUACAUUGGUUUUACGGAAACCACUAUAACUUCCUUGCUUUGGAUUUUGCUAUAUUUAGCCCAACACGUUGAAGUUCAGACUAAAAUUCGACAAGAACUCUUUUGGGUGUUACAAGGUGAAUCACUGGAGUUGGCGGAUUUCGAAAAUUUGCAUUACACUAAAGCAGCUCUUGCCGAAAUUGCCAGAAUUAGAACUGUAUUACCACUAGGGGUACCGCACUAUGCCUCCGAAAAUAUAUACCUUGAUGGGUUGACGAUUCCAAAAGGCACGAUGAUAAUGCCGUUGUUGUGGGGAAUUCAUAUGGAUCCCAAAGUUCACAAAGACCCGGAAGAGUUUCGCCCUGAAAGAUUUAUAGACAGCGAUGGGAAGUUUUUUAAACCGGAAUCAUUCCUUCCAUUUCAAAGCGGUAAACGGAUGUGCGUUGGCGAAGACAUAGCAAACAUGGUAACGACAAUAUUUAUUGCUGGUGUUUUACAGAAUUUUAGAAUCGGGGCUGUUGACUCUGUACCGAUAGAUUUUACUGGUAGUUGUGGUGCCGCACUUACCCCUAAACCGCAGAAGCUUAUCUUUACGAAGAUCUGAUGGGAUAUUUAAAAAUGUAAAAUGUAGAAUGUAGAAUAUAGAAGUUUAUUUAUAUUUUCA